AUGGAGUCCACCACAAGUCCAAGCAGUAACUUGGCAUUGCAAGACCUCCAGACUCUCCGUGAUCGCCUCAUAGCCGUCGCCAAAGAAGCCGGCACCAUCAUCCUCUCCGCCAACCCAACCCCCCUCACAACCUCCUCCAAGAAAAACACUGCCGACAUCGUCACCCAGACAGACAAAGCAGUCGAAUCCCUCAUCCGCACAAACCUCGCCUCCCACUAUCCUUCCUUCGCCUUCAUCGGCGAAGAGACAUACCACCCCGGCCAGACCAUCACAGACGACCCAACCUUCAUCGUCGACCCCAUAGACGGCACGUCCAACUUUGUCCACGGCUUCCCCGACGUCGCCGUCUCCAUCGCCCUCGUCGUGGAGAAACUGCCCACCGUAGGCGUCGUCUACAAUCCCUUCCGUGACGAGCUCUGGGCCGCCAUCAAGGGCCACGGCGUAUAUCAUACCACACAGAGCAACAGUAACAACGGAAAUACUACGAAGCAGCAGCAGCUACUCUCCCCCAAAUCUCCCCUCCAAGGCCUCUCCCCGGCCUGCAUCGCCAUCGACUUCGGCACCGAUCGCCAAGGCCCCAACUUCGCCCUCAACCUCAAAGUCUUCACCACCCUCCUCCGCACCGCCUCCGAUGGCGGCCGCUUCGUCAACUCCCUGCGCUGCUCCGGCUCCGCCGCCCUCGCAAUCUGCCGUGUCGCUGCCAGCCAGCAGGACGCCUUUUGGGAGUGCGGGUCCUGGGCCUGGGACGUUGCCGCUGCCUGGUGCGUCCUUGUCGAGGCUGGUGGUGUCAUGGUUGACGGCCAUCCCGGGGGUUGGAAUCCGCCCGUAGACAAUCGGAGGUAUCUCGCCGUGAGGCCGGCGACGGCAGGACAGAGAGAGUUUGUGGAGGAGUUUUGGGACGUUAUUGGCGACGACCGCUCGACGUAUGGACCUCCUUGA